AUGAGACCGUUGAGGGUGUUGUCUCUCCUGGGCUGGGUGCUAAUUUCAGGUAAAGAAGAGAAAAAUGCUACGUCAAGGCCACAGAUCUUGAAGCAUAAGGAGGAAGUCUGCCAAAAUGCAUGGGAUGGCACUACUGAAAGUCCAGAGAUAGAAGACUUGAGAGACAAACGGCGGAAAGAGAAAGGUAAACAUGCUAUUUCUGUUGCAAACAUGCUAUUUCUGUUGCAGACUGGCGUAGAAUCUUUUGCAUGUGCAUAUACCCAAAUAACUACUUUGGAAUCUUACUGUGUAUAUGUAAGCAUAUGACCAUAUGACAUGGUGCCCUGAUUUGUGGUUGGCUGCUGGCACAAGUUGCUGAAUUGGUUGGCAUGCCCAUUUUCAAAAAUUCCUUGUUUUUUCCUGUGAAUUCGAAAAACUGUUUGGUGCCAUGCUUAGGGACAAAGAAGCUCACCUCAGAAUACACAUUGUAAGACAAACAUUUCCAAACUUCAAAACCAACAUUACACUAUGACAAUUCUGAAAUCUCCACACCGUUGGGAAAAUAUACUGGUAAAUAUUUGUGGUCACAAAGUCUCUCUCUCUCUCUCUCUCUCUCUCUCUCUCUCACACACACACACACACACACACACACAUACGAGAUUAUCCAAUAAUACAAUAAUGCCCGAAACUAGAACUUCUGUCCUAAAUGAUGCAGCCUGAACAACCUUUUCAUUUUAAUGCAGAUACUUUGGUACCCUCCUACUAAUAUCCACAAGCUGGUUUGCCCAAAGGCGCUUGGUGCAAAGGCCACUCACGGGAAAAGCAGGGCCAGAGCCUCUCACAGGGGCUAUGAGGAGAACAAUUUUGUGAACGCUUGUUGCAGAGACGUGGAAAGACUUGUCUUGUAAUGAAUGGCCUGGCUUGACUGCGGUGCUGCACACCUGUCAAGGACUGGACUGAGGAGGAAUGGUGGAGACUGCCCCCCCCUUCUGCACUUCCCAGAGAAGAGGGAGACAGUAUAGAUUUAGAACAAUGGUUUGCAGAAGGUUACAGUUCAGAGGCUGUAGAGGGGAGAAGCUGGGAAAUAUUGGGAAAGGAGCAGGAGGGGGAGGAAGCACCACCAGGGAGAGACAGCUGACAGACUCAGUGUCUUUGGAAAGCAUGCCAGACCCCCCCCCCUCCCAGGUCCAGGCGGGCACUGAGAGUAGGAGAACAGAAAGCUCAGAGGCAGAAAGCACAGAUCAGCUGAUGACGUAUAAUAGGAGAGACGGAGGGGGUGGGACUUUACUCAGAGCAACACAAUUAUCCAUGAGGCAGUAUUAUGCAUAUAUCUUUCUGUGAAUAUUGAAUAAAUUACUGGUACCUUGGUAAGAACUUCUUGUUUUCCCCAUUUCUGGCUGCCAGCAGUGAGGGAGGGGGAUUAGGUUCCCUGUAGCCUGACAACACCAGCAACAUGGUGCCAACCUGAUUGACUCCAAUUAAUGAUUCUCUUUCUUUCCCCCAGACACAUGGCGACUGACUGGUCCAGUUGAAGUGCAUGGAUUUGAAGGGAAAUCUCUCUCUCUGCGCUGCCAUUAUCAACAAACCUUUGAAGAUAACACUAAGAGUUGGUGCAAAAUAAACGAAGGCAUAUUUUUGUCUUCAUGCGAAAGUUUAAUAUCAUCAGAUGGAAAAGUUAACAUGGGCAGAUUCUCCCUCAGAGAGAAUAAGAAAGAGCACUACUUUCAAGUGACCAUGGACAGUUUGAAUCUGGAUGAUUCCGGUGUUUAUCACUGCGUUAUAGAACGUCUCUUGCGCAAUAUCAGACACAGGGUGAACGUGACAGUUACUCCAGGUAAACGCUUCUCCUCCUCUCCUUGUUUGUAAUGAUAGAAAUGCAGGAAUGAGGAAAUGGAGAAAGAAAAAAUCUCCAGAACAUCAAUGAAUAGAUGAAAUCCUUCUCUUCAUGCAGUAAAAUACAGAAUGCUCUUGAUAUAGCAGAGGAACUAUGACCACAAUUUUUGUUGAUUCUUUUUUGUUUUUGUUUUUUGCCCUUUGCCCCCACCCCUCACCCCCCUCAGAUCCAGAAGAAAAGUUAUCCUCUACAGAAACACUGGAAUUUAUCACCUCCGUAGUAAAGUCUACCCACAGCCCAGAUCCUACAGAGUGAGUAUUUGGGUUUCUUUUCUAUAACCUUGUGAGGGGCUUUCUAUGUAGGCCCCACUUUUAAUCUCCCCCUUUUGUCGCUGACCACUGAAAUAUAAGAUUUCUGCAGCUAAUCUCUCCUAGAUUAACUGGGGAAUAGAUGCCUGUGAAUAUUUGUCCGAAAUAUGGUAUUUAUACUGAUGUAAUGGGCAGCAGAUGUUUCCCACAGAGGAAGCUGUGGUACUGGGCACUUUUGAGAAUACCAGGUCUGAGGAAACUGCUACAACUGUUUGAUUUUCAUGUUGCUGCCCGGUGCUGUUGUUUGAACAGAAAUUGGCUUUGGUUUUUACUAUUCCAUGCUUGCAGGGUUGGGAAAACUUCUACUUCUAUGACUUGCAGACCGAUGGAGUAGAGCAUUUUUGCAGCCCCCUGAAGGAACUUAGAAACUGGGACUGGCAAUGCUUAAUCUGCAUGAUCUGGUGUCUCUUGACAGUCCCUUCAGUAUCUGCUCUUGCGGGGGUUAUGUUUGCAAGAAUUAUGAUGGAGCAACAACAACAACAAAAGGCACAACUAUGUGUAUGUCUAAAAGGGAUGCGGGUGGCGCUGUGGGUUAAACCACAGAGCCUAGGACUUGCUGAUCAGAAGGUUGGCGGUUCGAAUCCCCGCGACGGGGUGAGCUCCCGUUGCUCGGUCCCUGUUCCUGCCAACCUAGCAGUUUGAAAGCACAUCAAAGUGCAAGUAGAUAAAUAGGUACCACUCUGGCGGGAAGGUAAACAGUGUUUCCGUGUGCUGCUCUGGUUCGCCAGAAGUGGCUUAUGCUGGCCACAUGACCCGGAAGCUGUACGCCGGCUCCCUAGGCCAAUAAAGCGAGAUGUGCGCCGCAACCCCAGAGUCGGCCACGACUGGACCUAAUGGUCAGGGGUCCCUUUACCUUUACAUGUAUGUCUAUAACCCAAGAGCCCACGUAAAAAAUGUAAAUCAUUAAAAUGCAAAAGGUUUGGUUAGCUAGAAAUUUGUUUCCAAAACUUUCCGACUUAUCAUCAAUUGCUGUGACGUCGAACGGGUGGGAGCCACCCACCACAAACCCCUUUCCAAGGCCAUUAAUUACAAGAGAAGCAAUUCAUAAAUUAAUUACAGUAUUACUGUUAAUGAUGAUGAUGAUCAGUAAGAAAUUACAUCAUAAGGUACAUGACUAAAACAAACUGUAUCUGUUGGGGAAUCAUGUAUAUAAUGUUACACUCUCCAAUCUGAUUGACUUUGGGGGGGUUUGCUCCCAUUUUAACAUCUCUGAAAAAGAGCAGUGCAGACCUCUGUGCACAUUAUCCAUAUCAUCUUCUGUUUUCAUCCUGGGUCAACAUGACAAUCUGGGCCAGUCCGGAUGACCAUGGUAAUUUUGAAGGCGUUUCAAUCACAUCAAAAUAUUUGCUUGGAUUCUUGCGAAAGAAAAUCCCUUCCCUAUGUAUCAUUUUUGGGGAGGGAGGAGGAAUCAGAGAUUGACAGCACAACCCUGUGCAUGUCUAAGGUUGGAGUGAGUUCAGCGAGACUGACUCCCAAGUAGAUAUGCUGAAGAAUCAAGAAAAUAAACAAGUGGAACAAAGUUGCAUAUUAUGUAAGAAGGAUGUAUUUUUUAAAUGAAAUGGCCAUUGUUGAAAUGGCUAAUGGAAAUAUGUGACAUUUGAUAUUCUAUUCUUUUUUCUUUUGCCAGGACCCCCCCAGAAUCAAAGCUCUACAUUUUGAUAUAUAGUAUCAUUCCACUAUUUAUUCUUGUCUUACUUGCAACUGUGGUGCUGCUUGUGAUGUCAAGGAAGACGAAAACAGGUCAGAGCGAUGCUGUAUUCUUUGUUUAUUCCUGAGCACGCUUCCUUCCUACUUGAAUUUUAUUCCGCAUAAACCUAACACAAGAGCUCUGUUAAACAAUUCACCUCUGAAUGUCACCUGUUUGUAAAACUAAGAGGCAACAAUCCUCUGCACACAUACUGUAUUUUUCUGUGUAUAAGACUAGGGUUUUCCCCUAAAAAAUAAUGUCCAAAAUUUGGGGGUGUCUUAAACACAGAUAGAUCUCCCCCCCCCCAUUUUCUUAAAUUUGAGUCCCCCAAAAUAGGGGGCGUCUUAUAGAUGGAAAAAUAUGGUACUUAGGAGUAAGCUUCAUUGGACACAGGAGAACCUGCUUCCAAGUAAACAUGCAUCAGUCUACAGAGCCUCCAACUGGGGGUGGGGGAAACCACAUAACAGUGGGAGGUAUUCAACUAAAUUUUCAUGCUGGUGACAUGGGACUCCUCUUCCACCACUGGUCCCCCUUGCUGCCCCAAAAUCUGUUUGGAAGAGUGGAGGGAAGCCCCAGAACAGAUAGGGCGUGUGCAGUGGGAGAAUGUUCUGUUGCACAAAGAUAAAUACUUGUACUGAUGGAGUCUUUAGAACUAGCUUAGAUACAACCCAUUGAGAGGGUGCAAUAUGAAGAAGGGAGAGACUCAGACAAAUAUUAAGGCCCAAGCUUCUUGGAAUCUUAAGAGGGGCCUGAGUGACAGGGAGCAAACUGAGAAGCCACAUGGCUGGCAGUGAUUAGCAAUAUUUCAGGCUCUGUGGUCGUAGGGCUGCAAAUCUAGGUGCACUUACCUUGGAAUAAGCCCACUGAACUCAACGGGACUUGCUUCUGAGUACAUAGGCCUAGGAUUAUUUGUCUGUUUGUUUAUUAUUUAUAUACCACCCUUCAUCGAAAGCUCUCAGGGAGGUUCAUAAAAUAAAAGCACAGGAUAAAAGCACAGAAUAAAUAUUCAGUAUAAUCUCCAGUAGGUGUAAUUCCAGUGCGGAAUUUCAGUCAAGCAGAUUUUUCUUACCACCUAACCUGUUGUUGCAGUUGCUUAGUUUGACCUACCUGAUUUCCAAUUGAUGCAUCCAUUUCAGAAUCACAUUUUCAGAGAAAAGAGGAGCUAAGUCUACCAGAAAGGGUAAGGCAAAAAUCUCACAUCACUCCAUGAUAAGAUUUUUUUUUAUUAAUAUUAUUUAUAAAAUAAAUAUUUAUAUACCACUAUGUCAUGAAAAAUACAUGAAAGUGGUUUGCCGCAAUAUAUAAGGCACAUUAAUGCAAUCACAAUAAGUAGCACCAGAACAGUCUAAAAUUCUUAUUUCUGAGAAGUGGAAUAGUAGUACUGAGGAGCAAUGAGGAAGAUCUUCAGAUGUGGUGAAAGUCAGUCUUAAAAUACCACAAUGUGGUAUCACAGCUGUGGGUUAACCAGCCUCAUAUACCAAACAUGCUUAAGUCUACUUAAUAUGUGAAGGGGUUAAUAGCAUAGAGCAGAGUUUUCCAGCCUGAGUCGCGUCGGCUGCAGUGUAUCACGCGAAUACUCCCUGUGCUCCUCCCAGGGCUAGAAAGGGGUGAGUCUAACCUCCGGUUUACUAGUGAAACUCAAUUACUGUGUUGCAAAAUGAUACAUGUCUAAAAAGUGUGUCACCAACAUGAAAAGUUUUGAAAGCUCCGUCAUAGAGUAAGUAAGCUGUCCUACCAGCCUUAGCCAAGUCUACUUCCCCCUUGGGAGGAACUUUUAAGUCUUUGUUCCCUCCCCGGUCUACCUGAGAAGCUCAACAUGUGAAGAGGUUCUAAGCUGGUUGCUCCAGCUCCACCUGCAUGGCUCUCAUCAGCCAUUCCUGAUAACUUUCACCACUUUGGAACUAAACUAAAUUUAGCCUGCACAACUUUUUCUGAACGCUGUAUUGGUAGGCACAUGAAUCAGACCUUUGAACAGUUUGUAAGUAAGCAAAUGUUUAACUUACCAAACAUGUGAUCUUUUCCUAUGCUGGGGGAAGAGGGAACUCACAAGGGCAUAUUUUAAAGGUCUAACCAUUUAUAUUUCCAUGCUGCAUAUUUUGUGAUUUUAACUCUCUGCUGGCACUCAGGAAUUCUCCUUUAUAUAGCUCUUUUUCCUUGACCACCAGCAACAGUGCAUCUGCUAAUACAGCCAAGAUUUCAGCAUACAUUAGACCUCAUUCUUGAAAAGUUUGUUCUUGGUGGCAUGUUUGCAUUCUGGCUCCCUGGCAGAAAUCUUAUCGAGUACCAAGUUAGGGCCAUUUCAGAUGAGUACAAAGCUCCCUUUCUGUGACUUGUUUUCAAAACUGCGUUUACUUCCCCUCUCACAGAUGCCUACCCACAAUACUGAAGAUACUCAGAAUGAGAACACCAUUUCUGACCAGCCCCCAGACCAUAAUGAGACGGGACUCUACAGGAUUGUUAAGGUCCUUCCUGAAAAUGACUAUGAAGAGAUUCACUCCCAGGAAAAGGUAGGAAGAAAAUGAAUGCUUUAACCAGCAUCCUUAUUAGCCACUGCCAUCUGUUUGCGCCAGUAUGGGCCUUCAGUCUCAUUCAGCAGGGCCCUUAUGCCAUCUUACCUACAGGCCGCCUGAGGCUUGUUAGCAUUUCUAAUCUUAUUCUCUUUCAGACUUCAGAGGAGCAAGAUGAGGUGUCUUAUGCCAGCCUGGAUAUUUCAGAUCAUCAUGGUCACGUCUACAACAACAUAAAUCUCUCCAGGCCAGCCCACCCAGAGACACCUGCUCAGGAGGUCUUUUAUACAGAGGUGAAGCCUGACCAUUAA